GCCAUGCUCCUCUGAAACCUCCUCGCAGCCGCCACAGACCAUUUUCGAAUACACCCAAAUGCACCGAGAACCAGAGCCACACACAACCAUUCAACAUUCAUGAAUGGGUUCCUCACUGCCGUCCGAUGCGCCAAGAUGAGGAAUCCGGCGGCCAUUAUCGCCCCUGGCGAGCCCCUCCUCCACUUCCAUUUCAUCCUCCUCCUCAAACCCUUCUCUUCCACGGCCUCUCUUCCCGAGGACCACGUCCACCCGGACCCACCCGAUCUCCCGUCCCAGCUCCUCUCCAUCCUCUCCGGCCCCAAUUGGCAGAAACACCCCUCCCUCAAGAAACUACUCCCCUCCAUAUCCCCCUCCCAUGUCUCUACCCUCUUUACCCUCGACCUCGAUCCCCAGACUGCCCUAGGGUUCUUCCAAUGGAUCUCCCAAAAGCCAGGGUUCAAUCACAAUGUUCACUCACACUUCUCGUUGCUCAACGUUCUCGUGCGUUUCGGUCAUUUCGGUGCCGCCGAGAAGAUUCGGAUUUCGAUGAUCAGAUCGUGCGAAUCGUCGAACGACGCGCAGUUCGUGUUGGACGCACUUCGGAGGAUGAAUCGCCAAGACGGUGAGUUUCGGUUCAAGCUUAGUCUUAAGAGCUAUAACAUGCUGUUAAUGUCGUUGUCGAAGUUCCUUAUGAUUGAGGAAAUGAAGGGCGUGUAUAUGGAGAUGUUGGAGGAUUUGAUUCCGCCGAAUAUAUAUACUUUGAAUACAAUGGUUAAUGGGUAUUGUAAAUUGGGGAAUGUGGUCGAGGCACGGUUGUAUGUGAGUAAGAUAGUGCAGGCUGGGUUGAGUCUCGAUACGUUUACAUACACUUCGUUGAUAUUGGGGCAUUGUAGGAACAAGGAUGUAGAUAGUGCUUAUAGGGUUUUUAAGCUUAUGCCGCAAAAGGGUUGUCGAAGAAAUGAGGUUUCUUAUACUAAUUUGAUUCAUGGGCUUUGUGAAGCCGCACAGGUUGAGGAGGCUCUUAAGUUGUUCUCCCAAAUGGGGGAGGAUUAUUGUCGUCCGACAGUCCGGACGUACACUGUUAUCAUAUGUGCAUUGUGUGGAUUGGGUAGGAAGUUAGAAGCUUUGAAGUUUUUUGAGGAGAUGAAGGAGAAAGGUUGUGAGCCAAAUGUUCAUACUUACACGGUUCUAAUCGAUAGCAUGUGUAAGGAGCAUAAGCUUGACGAGGCAAGAAAAAUGUUACAUGGGAUGUUAGAGAAACGCUUGGUUCCCAAUGCGGUCACAUACAAUGCUUUGAUUGAUGGGUAUUGCAAGGAGGGCAUGACUGAGGCUGCAUUGGAAAUUUUGGGUUUAAUGGAGUCAAAUAAGUGUAGUCCUAAUGCUCGCACAUACAAUGAGUUGAUAUGUGGAUUUUCUAAGAAGAAAAACAUGCAUAAGGCAAUGAUGUUGCUUAAUAAGAUGCUGGAGCGGAAGCUUUCACCAAGCCUUAUUACAUAUAAUUCCUUAAUCCAUGGGCAGUGUAGAGCAGGUCAUUUAGAUACUGCUUAUAGGUUGCUUAACAUUAUGAAAGAAAAUGGUUUAGUUCCUGACGAGUGGACCUACAAUGUUUUCAUAGACACUCUUUGUAAAAGAGGGAGGAUAGAAGAAGCUCGUUCCCUCUUUGAUUCUUUUAAGGAGAACAACAUAAAGGCGAAUGAAGUUAUAUAUACUGCUUUGAUUGAUGGGUACUGCAAGGUUGGGAGAAUAGAUGAUGCUCAAUCUUUGCUCAAUAGAAUGCUUACUGAGGACAUUUUGCCAAACUCAUUCACUUAUAAUGUAGUGAUAGACGGGUUGUGCAAAGAGAAAAAAGUGCAGGAAGCGCUGUUGCUGGUGGAUGAGAUGGUAAAGAUGGAUGUGAAGCCCACAGUUAUUACCUACACAAUUCUCAUUACAGAAAUGUUGAAAGAAGGUGACUUUGACCAUGCUAAUAGGUUACUCAAUCAUAUGGUUUCGUCGGGAUGUCAGCCUGAUGUCUGUACUUAUACUGCAUUUAUUCAUUCAUAUUGCAGCCAAGGGAGAUUGAAAGAAGCAGAGGAUAUGAUGGCUAAGAUGAAUAAAGAAGGAAUAUUACCAGAUUCGCUGACUUAUACACUAUUAAUGAAUGCAUAUGGACGUUUGGGGUUAAUAAAUCAUGCACUUGAUGUUCUAAAGCGCAUGUUUAAUGCUGGUUGUGAGCCUUCACAUUACAUCUAUUCAAAGAAGGGAAUCCCAGUAUUAUUCUCAGCAACCCCCGAACCAUCCAAGUUUAUUUUCACCGACACAUUGGUCUCCUUCGUGACCCUCUUGACCUCCCCAAUCCGAGCCCCUGAGAAACAACCAACAAGGACUCAAACCCACCUCCGAGUUUCAAAAACAAACACAGAGAAGCCAAAUUUGUAUGAUCAAAAUGUGUUGUUACUUGCGCCGAACGAAGAAGCGGUUAUCGUCGAGCCAUUUUCGUCGACCGAAGCGGCACAGAACCUCCUCGCAGCCGCCACAGACCAUUUUCGAAUACACCCAAAUGCACCGAGAACCAGAGCCACACACAACCAUUCAACAUUCAUGAAUGGGUUCCUCACUGCCGUCCGAUGCGCCAAGAUGAGGAAUCCGGCGGCCAUUAUCGCCCCUGGCGAGCCCCUCCUCCACUUCCAUUUCAUCCUCCUCCUCAAACCCUUCUCUUCCACGGCCUCUCUUCCCGAGGACCACGUCCACCCGGACCCACCCGAUCUCCCGUCCCAGCUCCUCUCCAUCCUCUCCGGCCCCAAUUGGCAGAAACACCCCUCCCUCAAGAAACUACUCCCCUCCAUAUCCCCCUCCCAUGUCUCUACCCUCUUUACCCUCGACCUCGAUCCCCAGACAGCCCUAGGGUUCUUCCAAUGGAUCUCCCAAAAGCCAGGGUUCAAUCACAAUGUUCACUCACACUUCUCGUUGCUCAACGUUCUCGUGCGUUUCGGUCAUUUCGGUGCCGCCGAGAAGAUUCGGAUUUCGAUGAUCAGAUCGUGCGAAUCGUCGAACGACGCGCAGUUCGUGUUGGACGCACUUCGGAGGAUGAAUCGCCAAGACGGUGAGUUUCGGUUCAAGCUUAGUCUUAAGAGCUAUAACAUGCUGUUAAUGUCGUUGUCGAAGUUCCUUAUGAUUGAGGAAAUGAAGGGCGUGUAUAUGGAGAUGUUGGAGGAUUUGAUUCCGCCGAAUAUAUAUACUUUGAAUACAAUGGUUAAUGGGUAUUGUAAAUUGGGGAAUGUGGUCGAGGCACGGUUGUAUGUGAGUAAGAUAGUGCAGGCUGGGUUGAGUCUCGAUACGUUUACAUACACUUCGUUGAUAUUGGGGCAUUGUAGGAACAAGGAUGUAGAUAGUGCUUAUAGGGUGUUUAAGCUUAUGCCGCAAAAGGGUUGUCGAAGAAAUGAGGUUUCUUAUACUAAUUUGAUUCAUGGGCUUUGUGAAGCCGCACAGGUUGAGGAGGCUCUUAAGUUGUUCUCCCAAAUGGGGGAGGAUUAUUGUCGUCCGACAGUCCGGACGUACACUGUUAUCAUAUGUGCAUUGUGUGGAUUGGGUAGGAAGUUAGAAGCUUUGAAGUUUUUUGAGGAGAUGAAGGAGAAAGGUUGUGAGCCAAAUGUUCAUACUUACACGGUUCUAAUCGAUAGCAUGUGUAAGGAGCAUAAGCUUGACGAGGCAAGAAAAAUGUUACAUGGGAUGUUAGAGAAACGCUUGGUUCCCAAUGCGGUCACAUACAAUGCUUUGAUUGAUGGGUAUUGCAAGGAGGGCAUGACUGAGGCUGCAUUGGAAAUUUUGGGUUUAAUGGAGUCAAAUAAGUGUAGUCCUAAUGCUCGCACAUACAAUGAGUUGAUAUGUGGAUUUUCUAAGAAGAAAAACAUGCAUAAGGCAAUGAUGUUGCUUAAUAAGAUGCUGGAGCGGAAGCUUUCACCAAGCCUUAUUACAUAUAAUUCCUUAAUCCAUGGGCAGUGUAGAGCAGGUCAUUUAGAUACUGCUUAUAGGUUGCUUAACAUUAUGAAAGAAAAUGGUUUAGUUCCUGACGAGUGGACCUACAAUGUUUUCAUAGACACUCUUUGUAAAAGAGGGAGGAUAGAAGAAGCUCGUUCCCUCUUUGAUUCUUUUAAGGAGAACAACAUAAAGGCGAAUGAAGUUAUAUAUACUGCUUUGAUUGAUGGGUACUGCAAGGUUGGGAGAAUAGAUGAUGCUCAAUCUUUGCUCAAUAGAAUGCUUACUGAGGACAUUUUGCCAAACUCAUUCACUUAUAAUGUAGUGAUAGACGGGUUGUGCAAAGAGAAAAAAGUGCAGGAAGCGCUGUUGCUGGUGGAUGAGAUGGUAAAGAUGGAUGUGAAGCCCACAGUUAUUACCUACACAAUUCUCAUUACAGAAAUGUUGAAAGAAGGUGACUUUGACCAUGCUAAUAGGUUACUCAAUCAUAUGGUUUCGUCGGGAUGUCAGCCUGAUGUCUGUACUUAUACUGCAUUUAUUCAUUCAUAUUGCAGCCAAGGGAGAUUGAAAGAAGCAGAGGAUAUGAUGGCUAAGAUGAAUAAAGAAGGAAUAUUACCAGAUUCGCUGACUUAUACACUAUUAAUGAAUGCAUAUGGACGUUUGGGGUUAAUAAAUCAUGCACUUGAUGUUCUAAAGCGCAUGUUUAAUGCUGGUUGUGAGCCUUCACAUUACAUCUAUUCAAAUUUAAUCAAGCAUCUCUCAAAUGAAAAGCGGAUAAAAGAAUAUAACAACUCUGUGGAACUUGAUUUGGUUUCAAGCACUGCAUCAAUUGAUACUGCAGAUGUUUGGAAGAUGAUGGAAUUUGAAAAUGUUAUGGAGCUCUUUGAGAAAAUGGUUGAACAGGGUUGUGCACCAAAUGUUAACACUUAUGACAAGCUCAUUAUAGGACUUUGCAAAGUUGGACGCUUAGAAGUAGCCCAAAAGUUAAUUAAUCACAUGCAAGAAAGAGGGUUGUCUCCUACUGAACAUAUCUAUAACUCGCUUCUUAAUUGUUGCUGUGUAUUGAAUAUGUUUGGGGAAGCUGUAAGAUUGGUGGAUACAAUGAUUGAGCUUGGUCAUUUACCACAUUUAGAGUCAUGCAGACUGCUUCUUUGUGGGCUAUAUGAUGAAGGAAAUAAAGAGAAGGCCGAAACAGUUUUUUGUGAUCUGCUUCAUUGUGGGUAUAAUCUUGAUGAAGUAGCUUGGAAGCUUCUAAUUGAUGGCUUGCUCAAGAGGGGCCUAGUUAAUAGAUGCUCAGAGCUGUUUGGGAUCAUGGAAAAUAAGGGUUUCCAGGUUCAUCCUCUAACAUAUUCAAUGUUGAUAGAGGGACUUGACGGAAAAUAAGAUAUUUCUUCUUGGCACUGUUUCCAUUGGAGUUGUUUUUGUUUAUAUGGUGAAAAAGGCCUUUCCCAUUGCUGUUUUUCUUUGACGAUGGGGGCUAAUAGUAUAUUGAUGGAACACCAGAUUCCUUGGACACUUCAAAACAAAUAGGUGGCCUGUUGCUCUAGUGGAGAAAUUCAUGUUAGAUUGUCACGGAGCAGCUGUUUUCUGAGAAACACAGAAAUUUGGAUUUUCUAUCAGCUGUUUGGAGCAGUAGCACCACACUAUGCAAACAAAUUUUAUUGAACAUC